AGGUCCUCCAGAAAUUGGGGAAAGCAGACGAGACGAAAGACGAGCAGUUCGAACAAUGUGUGCAAAACUUCAACAAACAGCUGACAGAAGGCAGUAAACUUCAGAAGGACCUCAGGACGUACCUGGCUUCUGUGGUAGCUAUGCACGAAGCUUCCAAAAAGCUGUCCGAGUGUCUGCAAGAAGUCUAUGAGCCCGAAUGGCCUGGCAGAGACGAUACCAACAAGCUGGCAGAGAAUAAUGACCUUUUGUGGACAGAUUACCAUCAGAAGUUGGUAGACCAGGCCCUCCUGACCAUGGACACCUACCUCGGCCAGUUUCCAGAUAUUAAGUCACGGGAUUGCAAAGCGGGGAAGGAAACUUGUGGACUACGACAGUGCAAGACAUCACUUUGAAUCCCUACAAAAUGCGAAAAAAAGAAGGAUGAAAACUAAAAUUGCCAAGCCGGUGUCGCUUCUUGAGAAGGCUGCGCCCCAGUGGUGUCAGGGGAAAAUACAGGCCCAUUUGGUGGCGCAAACUAACCUGCUCCGAAACCAGGCUGAAGAAGAGCUGGUAAAAUCUCAGAAGGUCUUUGAGGAGAUGAAUGCUGACCUGCAGGAGGAGCUUCCUUCAUUAUGGAAUAGCCGUGUUGGUUUCUAUGUCAACACAUUCCAGAGUAUUGCGGGCCUGGAGGAAAAUUUCCACAAAGAGAUGAGCAAGCUGCAUCAAAACCUCAAUGAAGUGAUGACGAACCUUGAGAGCCAUCAGGGGAAACCGUCAACCAACGCCUUCACUGGGAAAGCCCAACCGAGUGACCCCAACUCUGCUAAACCCAAUAAGACCACAACCUCCCCUCCGGAUGGUCCUCCAGCCCCCAGCGCAGAGGCCAAGACCACCAACCAUGAUGCAGAGGAGUCGCAUGUGUCCCCGACUGCUGCUGCAACUGCUUCGUUCUUCCAAGACACCCCAACUGUGACAGUCUCCAAAUCCCCCUCUCAGCUGAGGAAAGGCCCACCGGUCCCGCCGCCACCAAAACUCACGCCGUCCAGGGACAUCAAGCAGGAAAAUAUCAUCGGUCUGUUUGAUGACAGUUUUGUGCCCGAAAUAAGUGUGACCACUCCCUCACAGUUUGAGGCUGCGUGGCCCCCAGUGCAGGAGCCCAGCCUACUAGAUCUGGAUUUUGAUCCCCUCAAACCGGACUCCAGUUCGACUGCUGCUGCAUCUCAGUCACUACCUUGGGAUCUGUGGGAGCCGGAGUCGUCUGUUCCUGGCGGCAUGGACCAGGGCUCCAGCGAUAUCGCCGCUGACUCCACUUUUGCCGUGGAGUGGCCAAGUGAGCCCGCCGAGGCUGCCCAACCAUCAGAACCGGAGGUGAAGGAGGCAGAA